AAUUAAGUACAUAAAUCUGGUUAAUCACGUAGUACAGCAUUUUCUUUUUCCUUCUCCUUUUCCUUUUCCUUGCGAGUUGUGAGAAUUAAAGACGUACGUACGUACGCCAACAUGGAGAACAUAGAGAAGGUGUGGGGUUCGGGCAGGAGGAGCCUGAGGCAAAGCGUGAACGUCAACAUCAACAUGGCCAACUGGGGCGUGGACGAAGCUUUUCAAAGAAACGCAAACUCGCCCGGUGCGAGAGCGAGCUCGAGGGGCGACGACGACGAGGAGGCCCUCCGGUGGGCCGCGCUUGAGAAGCUGCGGACCUACAACAGGCUGAGGACUGGGAUCCUGAGGUCGGUGGUGGGGGACGAAGGGGACCACCAGGAGGAGAGGAGGAGGAGGGUGGGGAGGUACGAGCACAAGGAGGUCGAUGUGAGGAAGCUCGGCGUCGGGGACAGGCAGGAGUUCAUCGGAGGGUGUUUAGGGGUGGCGGAGGAAGAUAAUGAGAGGUUCUUGAGGAAGUUGAGGAAUCGGAUCGACAAGGUUGGAAUUAAUCUACCAACAUUAGAAGUAAGGUUUGAGCACUUAACAGUUGAGGCCAAGUGUUACAUAGGAAACAGAGCGUUGCCCACUCUCUUAAAUCAAGCUAGAAACUUUGCGGAAUCAGCUUUGGGCAUGGUGGGCAUAAGACUAGCUAAGAGAACUACCCUCACGAUCCUCAGAGAUGCCUCAGGAAUUAUAAAACCCUCAAGGAUGACGCUUCUAUUAGGCCCUCCAUCUUCAGGAAAGACCACAUUAUUACUAGCACUUGCUGGGAAAUUAGACCCAUCAUUGAAGGCUACAGGUGAAAUUACGUAUAACGGGUAUGGGCUCAACGAGUUUGUACCACAGAAAACAGCAGCAUACAUUAGUCAGAAUGAUAUUCACGUAGGAGAAAUGACUGUGAAAGAAACACUAGAUUUCUCAGCAAGAUGCCAAGGAGUUGGUGCUAGAUACGGUAACUCUUGUUUAGUUCUUCAUUCGUAAUUAAAAUUAAAUUAUAAGUUGGCUUUUUUGUAUAUUGAUACGAUCUGUAACUUAAACAAAAUUGAUGCAGACCUACUAACGGAGUUGGCAAGGAGAGAGAGGGCAGCAGGGAUAUUCCCUGAGCCUGAAGUUGAUCUCUUCAUGAAGGCAACUGCAAUGGAAGGAGUUGAGAGUAAUUUGCAAACAGAUUACACCCUCAAGAUAUUGGGGCUGGAUAUUUGUGCCGAUACCAUUGUUGGUGAUGAGAUGCAGAGAGGGAUAUCUGGCGGGCAGAAGAAGCGUGUUACUACUGGUGAGAUGAUUGUUGGACCAACAAAAACUCUUUUCAUGGAUGAGAUAUCUACUGGUUUGGACAGUUCCACCACCUUCCAAAUUGUGAAAUGCCUGCAGCAAAUUGUUCAUCUCGGAGAGGCCACCAUACUUAUGUCCCUCCUUCAACCUGCCCCUGAGACCUUCGACCUGUUUGAUGACAUCAUCCUUCUAUCAGAGGGUCAGAUUGUGUAUCAGGGACCUCGGGAGUUUGUCCUCGGUUUCUUUGAGACAUGUGGCUUUCUUUGCCCUGACAGGAAAGGCACAGCUGACUUCUUGCAAGAGGUAACAUCAAGAAAGGAUCAAGAGCAGUACUGGGCAGAUAAAAGCAAGCCUUACCGCUACAUAUCGGUAUCUGAAUUUGCGCAAAGGUUCAAGAAAUUUCAUGUUGGCCUUCGCCUAGAGAAUGAACUCUCGAUCCCCUUUGACAAGAGUCGUAGCCAUAGAGCUGCCCUUGUCUUCUCAAAGCAUUUGGUCCCUUAUUCUGAACUCCUCAAAGCUUCCUUUGGCAAAGAGUGGCUUCUCAUCAAACGCAACGCUUUUGUUUACGUCUUCAAAACUGUUCAGAUCAUAGUAGUGGCCAUCAUUGCCUCAACGGUGUUUAUACGAACUAAGAUGCACACGAAAAAUGAAGAGGAUGGAAGUGUUUAUAUCGGUGCCCUUUUGUUUGGCUUGAUUGUCAACAUGUUUAAUGGGUUUGCAGAUUUAUCCAUCACUAUCCAAAGGCUUCCUGUAUUCUACAAGCAUAGGGAUCUCCUCUUUCAUCCUGCAUGGGUCUAUACUCUACCAAACUUUCUUCUAAGGAUCCCCAUUUCAGUUUUUGAGUCAGUCGUUUGGGUUAUAAUGACUUACUAUUCCAUUGGGUUUGCCCCCGAAGCUAGCAGGUUCUUCAAGCAACUUCUGCUAGUUUUUCUGAUCCAGCAGAUGGCAGCAGGGUUAUUUAGGGCUACAGCAGGUAUUUGCAGGACGAUGAUAAUUGCCAAUACGGGAGGAGCACUCUCUGUUCUCAUCAUGUUUGUACUCGGAGGGUUCAUCUUACCAAGAGAUGUGAUUCCAAAAUGGUGGAUCUGGGGAUAUUGGAUUUCGCCACUGCAGUAUGGAUAUAAUGCUCUUGCAGUAAAUGAAUUGUUGGCUCCCAGGUGGAUGAACAAAAUUGCACCUGAUGGUAGGAGAUUAGGAGUUGCAGUACUUGAGAAUGCCAAUGUGUUCCCCGAGAAAAAGUGGUUUUGGAUCGGAGCUGCUGCACUUUUAGGAUUUGCUAUCCUGUUCAAUGUUCUUUUCACGGUUGCUCUCAUGUUUCUCGAUCCUUUCAGAAAAGCACAAGCAGUUAUACCAGAAGAAACAGCAUCAGAGAUGGAAAACAACCGAGAUGAAAAAGAGCCUCCAAGGAUUAAAAGGAUGGGGUCAAGCGAUAAUUCCAUUCCUCGAGCUUUGUCUAAAAACGAUGCAAACAACACCAGAGAAAUGAUGAUAUUACGAAUGAGUGGGCGUUCGACGAAUGGGCUUACUCGUGAAAUGUCCAUUGAUGCAGGAGCCAAUGGGGUUCCUGCUAAAAGGGGAAUGGUUCUUCCAUUCACACCCUUGGCCAUGUCUUUCAAUGAAGUAAAUUACUAUGUUGACAUGCCUGCAGAAAUGAAGGAUCAAGGAGUUACCGAAAACAGGCUUCAGUUGCUAAGGGGUGUAACAGGAGCUUUCAGGCCUGGAGUCUUGACUGCACUUAUGGGAGUAAGUGGGGCCGGAAAGACUACUCUUAUGGAUGUUUUGGCGGGAAGAAAGACUGGUGGUUAUAUUGAAGGAGAUAUUAGAAUCUCCGGUUACCCUAAGAAUCAAGCUACAUUUGCUCGAAUUUCUGGAUAUUGUGAACAAAAUGAUAUCCACUCUCCUCAGGUCACCGUUAAGGAGUCUCUGAUUUAUUCUGCUUUUCUUCGUCUCCCUAAGGAAGUCACCGAUCAAGAAAAGUUGAUAUUUGUAGACGAAGUUAUGGAGUUAGUAGAACUCGACAGUCUUAAGGAUGCAAUUGUGGGUCUCCCGGGGAUUACUGGACUUUCAACAGAACAAAGAAAGAGGUUGACGAUAGCUGUUGAGCUCGUUGCUAAUCCAUCAAUUAUUUUCAUGGAUGAACCGACCUCUGGACUCGAUGCAAGAGCAGCAGCUAUUGUUAUGAGGACCGUCAGGAACACUGUUGAUACUGGAAGAACUGUUGUGUGUACAAUUCAUCAACCAAGUAUUGACAUAUUCGAAUCGUUCGAUGAGCUCUUGCUAAUGAAGAGGGGAGGCCAAGUCAUUUACUCUGGGCCUCUGGGACGAAACUCACACAAGAUAAUUGAAUAUUUUGAGGCAAUUCCUGGAGUUCCCAAGAUAAAAGAAAAGUACAAUCCUGCAACAUGGAUGCUGGAAGCAAGUUCUAUUUCUGCUGAAGUUCGUCUAGGAAUCGAUUUUGCAGAGUAUUACAGGUCAUCAGAAUUGUACAGGCGUAACAAGGCAUUGGUUGAAGAACUGAGCCAACCACCACCCGGAACAAAAGACCUCUACUUCCCAACCCAAUACUCUCAGUCUACAUUUGGGCAGUUUAAAGCUUGCCUCUGGAAACAAUGGUGGACUUACUGGAGAAGCCCAGACUACAAUCUUGUCAGAUUUUUCUUCACUUUAGUCACUGCUCUACUCUUAGGAACUAUCUUUUGGAAUGUUGGACACAAAAGAGGAAAUGCAAAUGAUCUCAGAAUUGUUAUUGGAUCCAUGUUUGCAGCAGUUUUGUUUGUGGGAAUCAAUAACUGCUCAACUGUUCAACCUGUUGUAUCGAUUGAAAGAACCGUCUUUUAUCGUGAGAGAGCUGCUGGAAUGUACUCUGCCUUACCUUAUGCCAUUGCUCAGGUGGUUGUCGAAAUACCCUACGUCUUUGUCCAAGGCUUGUUUUAUUCCCUCAUAGUAUACGCGAUGAUGAGUUUCCAGUGGACAGCAGCAAAAUUCCUGUGGUUCUUCUUCAUCUCCUUCUUCUCAUUUCUAUACUUUACCUACUACGGAAUGAUGGCCGUCUCCAUCUCACCAAACCAUCAAGUUGCUGCAAUCUUCGCUGCGACCUUUUAUUCCCUCUUCAAUCUGUUCUCAGGCUUUUUCAUUCCGAAACCAAGAAUUCCAAAGUGGUGGAUCUGGUACUACUGGAUUUGCCCAUUGGCUUGGACAGUUUAUGGUUUGAUAGUUACUCAAUAUGGAGAUCUUGAGGACAUGAUCAAAGUUCCCGGGCAAGAAGACCAAACAAUAAAAUUCUACGUAACAAAUCACUUUGGAUAUCAUACUGAUUUCAUGCCAGUAGUAGCUGUUGUUCUAGUGGGGUUUUCAGUGUUCUUCGCUUUCGUCUUCGCCUUCUGCAUCAGAGCACUAAAUUUCCAACAGAGAUGAGAAUGGAAUUUAAUGACAUAAAGAGUAAAUGCCGGAUUUGUCUGAGCUUAUAGCAUCAUCAUUAGAGCACGUCAUAAGGAGAGCGAAUUUUGCGCUUCUUGUUAAAGGCUCCACCACCUGGCAGAAGUUUUGAGCUGUAAAUAUUUGCAUACAUUGUAUACGGAUAGAUCUCUGUGCUUAGAAGUCCAGCGUGCGUAUCAACAUUGACAGCUAUAUUUGUGUAUUCACCUGCUUUUCUGUACAAGAAAUUAUGUAGUUAGUUUUCUGUGAAGAAAUUUUUUGGUAUAAACAGCAAUAUUUCACCUUCAA